AGGGUAGAAAACCCACCAUUCUUUGAUGUAAAGCCAUCACCAGUAGAUGUUCCCGUAGGAGACCCUGCAGAAUUUGAGUGCCAUGUGACAGGAACACAGCCUAUCAAACUGACUUGGACCAAAGAAAGCAAAGAAGUCAAAACUGGAGGAAAUUACAAGGUUACUCAACUGGAGAAUACAACAAAACUCACAAUUCUAAAGACAGACAAGGCUGAUUCUGGCCAAUACACAUGUUCUGCCACCAAUGAUGUUGGAAAAGAUUCUUGCAAUGUCAAUCUUAAUGUACAAGAACGGAAACUGCCUCCAAAUUUCACUAAAAAGUUUUCUGAAACUGUUGAGGAGACAGAGGGCAACUCAUUCAAACUGGAAGGCCGUGUUGCCGGCUCACAGCCACUGAUUGUUUCUUGGAGCCGAAAUAACCAGGAAAUCCAGCAAUCAGUUAACAGUGAAAUCUCUUUCAAGAACAAUGUGGUGCUACUUCAGAUUAAGAAUUCCAGCCAGGAAGAUGCUGGCCUAUAUACUUGCAAGGUGUCAAAUGAUGCUGGCAGUGCACUUUGCACUUCUUCAGUACUUAUCAAAGAACCUAAGAAACCUCCA